AUGCUUUCGAACAGCGGGGAAUACUUUGAUGGGCUUCGCACGUUCCCGCGUGAACCCAGCGCGCUGCAGCAUCACGGGGCCCGCCUCAACUACACACUACAAAAGAGGUACAAUAUCUCUACAGAGAUGGCGGAGUUGGCGCUUCAACCGCAGAGCUCGGAGGACUUUGAACGCUAUUACCGAAAGCAAGUGAUGCGCAUCGUGGACCACUUCAACGCGAUGACGCAGCGACACAUAAAGGUCAAGGUGGAUCCUCGUUUACCGAAGGGGAUGCAGAUUAUACGCGGCGGAGCUGUUGCGGUUGCAAAGAAGGGUGGUAAGACGGAGAAGGUGACAUCAGACUGGCGUGCCGCCGCCGUCAUCUCCUCGUUCACCGAGGCCAAAAAUGGUGCCGUAGAUCAUCACAAUGAGUUUUCUGUGAUGAAGACCAACGCAAGGGCACCUCACUUGCAGCCGGAGGGGCAGCAAACACCAAAAACUGUCUCUCCCGCUUUUGCAGCGGGGAUGCACGGCUACACCGCCACGGACGGUAAGACGACGCUUUCAUCUGAUGACCGUUCUACCAUUAUGCAAUCGUCAACGAAAAAGACGUCCAGAGAGGUUCUUUUCGGUACCCCGCCAGAGUUCAAGGGGUUUAAUGUGCCAUUGGAGGCUUCCCCAGCGGAUUCCUUUUUGAAUAAGUCGCCGCUACUUUUCUGA